AUGCCCCCACCGGAACAUGCUCGUCUUGAGGAUGAAGACGUGCGCAAGGUCCGUGUGAUAUCGGCAACCUUCUGCGCGGACACGGAAGCGCCGAGGCUCAGUCGCAAGAGUGGAAGUCUGCGUGCAGGUCGGUGGAUCAGCCCUUUGACACCUUCGGCAAAUCCAAGGAACCAGGGCUCGAGUCGAGCGCUCAGACCCACGCUCGCUGCUCCGAUGCUCCGCACGACAUGCGAACCCACACGAGCCGCUGGGAUGGCUCGUCGAUAUAAGGCAGCCCACUUGCACGCUCCAGCCAGGUCUUCGGCCUCUUCUCUCAAGCCUUCUAGAUUCAACGACCCCAACCCAAGAACUCAAACCUCGCUCGAAGCCCGAGUCCUUCGUCAUCGGAUCGAGCCUAGGCCCAGUCUUCUCCCAUCGCGGCCCACCAAGAUGGAACCCGAGUUCGAGUACCGGCUGUUGUACAAGCGCGGCACUGCGCCCGUGAUGAAAGGCGCCGAUCUGCGUCUGGAGCUCGAGACCACGGGCGUACCGCCCGGCGGCGUUCGCUGGGAGCUGGAGACGCGCUAUCGUCCGAGCAAGGUGGCGUACCGCGACGUGAUGAUGCAGAGCAUCCUCGCCAUGUGCAAGCAGCACAAUGUGACGCCGCUCGAGAUCCGCACUCCGCUCUCGCAGUGCAGUGGCAGCUACAUCGACGUCAUCUUCGCCAAGGGCGAGGACGUGAUCAAGGCCUACGAGGACGAGAUCACCUUUGACUUCUACGGCACGCAGCCCAAAGUGUUUGACCGCGGCAUUCCCGACAGCAAGCAUGUUGCAAUGUGCAUCCAGAUGCUGCCGGCCGACACGAACCUGCAGGAGGUGCUGGAGAAGGUGAAGAGUCACCCGCGAAUCCGCCAGGCGGGUAAGGUGGUCGACGUCUGGUCGAUGCACCAUCCCCAUUCGAUCACGUUUGCAGGCAGGGUGCUGGUGCUGCUCGAGCUCCACACGGAGGGCGAUAGCGUGCCUCUCGGCGCGCGGGCAGCCGUGCCCGGAUGGUUCGAGUACCGCGGACGCGUCUACCUUGUGCGCUUUGCGGGUCGUCCUGCAUGGUGCUUCCAGUGUCGGUACAACGAAGUCGGCAAUUUUCACAGCGCCAGCACUUGCCCGCGCAUGAGCUGCAUCGCCUGCAAGCAGACCGGACACACGUCGGUGGAUUGCGCCAAGCGCCAGGAACAGGUGGCAAAGAAGAAGCUCAAGGGCAGCGACCAGGUGGGCGAGCGACGGGCGGUGACGUCGAGCGAAAGGGAGUCGAUGGAGCGCCGAUUCGCCGAGCUGGGUAUCCGAGACCAGGAAGCGCGGGAGCUCGCGCGCGACUUUGGCGUGCUCGCGCUGUCCGAGAGCGACAUCAGCGGCUAG